UCGGCAGAGCGAACGGCUGUUAACCGUUAGGUCCUUGGUUCGAUCCCAAGCGGAAGCGUCUUUUUUACUAUUAUUAUUAACCUUUAUGCUACUAUUAUUAUUAUUAUCAUCUUAUUCACUUAUUAUUAUAUUAUUAUAUUAUAUUAUUAUGUUCUUUUUUUAUUCCCUUAUUCCCUUAUUCUUUCUCUUUAGUAGAUAUAUUCUUAUAUUUCUAUUUCUAUUUAUUAUACUUAUACAUGUAUAUAUUAUUUUACUUAGUAUUUUACUUCCUAUAUCCUUAUUAGAUGUACCUACUUUAUACUAUUACCUAUAUGCUAUUCUUAUCCCUUUAUACUAUACUAUUCUAUUCCUCUUAUACUAUUCUUAUCCCUUUAUACCUUUAUACCUUUAUAUUCUUAUACUUUUAUACUUUUAUACUUUUAUACCUAUAACCAUUUAUACCUUUAUACCUUUAUACCUUUAUACCUUUAUACUUUAUACUAUUUCCUCUUAUACCACCUAUUCUUAUUAUAAAAAUACGCCCCCCACUAUCUUUACUAUACCUUAUUCUUAUUUUUUACUUUUUACUUUUUACUUUUUAUUUCUUCUAUGUAUAUAUAUAUAUUAUAUAUGUACUUAUGUACUUCUUAUUCUUUUAUGUAUAUAUGUACUUAUGUAUAUAUUUAUAUAUUUAUAUAUGUAUAUAUUUAUAUAUGUAUAUAUGUAUAUAUGUACCCUCUUAUUAUGUUUAUCCUAUUAUUACCCUUCUUAUUACUCCUUAUAA